GCCGGCGGCGGCCGGGGCCUAUGUACCAAUGGCUGCUGGCGGCCGUCGGCAGCCUCUUCGCCGCCGCGCGCCGCUCCGCGCCACCCCCGGCCCCGCGCAAGCGGCCCUUCCGCAGUGCUGAGCCACCUCUGGAAGAAGAUCCUGACCAGGCUCAACCGAAAAGGAGAAGAUCAGGCUCUGAGCCUCCAGGGGAAGCUAGCACUUCUGCUGAGGUGAACUUACCAGCCAGGGCAGCAGAUAAACACUGGACUAUUUCAGACAACUGCAUAACUUCAACCACAACCUUGGGAGAAGAGCCUCCAUCCACUCCAUAUGACCCUUCAUCUGAAAUACCAACAAGCCCUGUGCUGGAAAAGCUGCAGAUUGAUAAUAUGCCUUUUGAAAGCGAUGCUUACUUUGAUAGGGUUCCACUGGCCCUUUCUCCUGUGACAAUUCCACAGCAGAGCUCAAACAAGAAUGGCAAAUACUACACUGAACCUACUGCAGAUGACACUUUAACACCAAGGCCACCCAUUAAUGAGCAGUAUGAGCCAAAACCUUCUACUUCAGGAAUAGGCAAAACAGGGAGGCCUUGGCGCACCGUUGAGGAGGAUGUUCAGAGAGAAGAAAAAGAGAAAUACAAGCAACUCUUGAAACUACUGAAGGACAAAUAUGCUAAAUACCGCCCUACUCCAAAGCCAACAAGCUGCAAUGUUGAGAUUUACACCAAAGAAACACUGGUUGGUACAAGUUACGUGGAAGAACAAAAAUGUGGAGGGGAUGCUGCUCGGCUUGUGACACCAAAACCUGAUGGCAGCAGCUCGUGCCACUCUCUGGAAAGUGGUGAGACCAGUUAUUGUACAACAGCUGAAAAGGAAGACAAGAAAAGACAAGAGAAACAAGCCAGCACAGGGUGUGGAGAUGAAAUCUCAGAGGAGGGCUCCUUUGAAUUGCAUCUGGCACCUGUUCAGUCUGGAAAACCAUCUGCCUUUGAUGUGGAGGAAAAGAAAUUCCCAAGAUCUGAAAGAAGAGAAGACCUUCCUCCGCUCACAGAGGACAUGGAGAGAGAGGUCAUGGCUGCGCUGGGCGAAGGUAAACCAGAUGAGAUCAUGAGCAGUGCCUUCAAACUAAGACUUACCCGUGAGGACAUCCAGACACUGGGCAACCGUCGCUGGCUAAAUGAUGAGGUCGUUAAUUUCUACAUGAAUCUUCUGAUGGAAAGAGGCAAAAAAGACAACUAUCCAAGAGUCUAUGCUUUUAGUACUUUCUUCUAUCCCAAACUUCUUUCCGAAGGCUACAGAGCAGUAAAAAGAUGGACUAGAAAUGUGAAUCUGUUCAAGCAGGACAUCAUUUUAGUUCCUAUUCACUUGAGAUCACACUGGACAUUGGUGGUCGUAGAUGUCAGAAAGAAGACCAUCACCUACUUUGACUCAUUUGGAAAGAAAGGAGACAAGAUUUGUGAAACUGUACUCCAAUACCUGCAAGAAGAAAGCUGGGAGAAACAAAAUGUGAAGCUGUCAUCUUCGGAGUGGACUCUUCACAGCAUGGAGUCCCAUGAAAUUCCUCAGCAAUCGAAUGGAAGUGACUGCGGAGUUUUUAUGUGCAAAUAUGCAGACUAUGUCUCCAGAGACAAACCCAUUACCUUCACUGAGAAUAACAUGCCUUACUUCCGCAAGAGGAUGGUGUGGGAAAUAAUCCAUCAGCAGCUGCUGUGAGACAUGAACCAUUAAGAGUAACACUGUGGAUCACCUCGCAGUCACUAACUCAUAUUUUAUUAUUUUAUUUACUUCUGCAAUGCCUUACUGAACAGGCAGCAGGCACUUAAGUGUUCCUCUUUUAGGCUAUAAAGUAGUGGUUAAUUUUUUUUCCUCAAUUUCGGAGACAGUGACUCUCUUUGAAAUGAGCUGAUGCGCCUUGAGUGAAAGUCUGAAAGUUGGCUGUGACUUCGCCAGGGGAGUGGUUGAGAAGAAAUGGUGUGAACUUCUGUCGUUGGGAUGGAGGGCUCUCAUCUCACAGCACACAUGGCCACAUUUAUGGACAAAUGGGACUCUCAAGUCUGGUGGUAACGGUCGUGGUAGCCAAACUGAUCUCCCCAAGGACAAUGUGCUUAGCUGCUGUUUCUUCAAGGAGAGUUUUCUUCUGUUUCUGGAAUAUCUAUGAUCUGCUUGAUUCCUAAAACUGGAUUUGCGAUGACCAUAGAAAGGAAAAAAAAGUAUUUACAGUCUUGAUUUGUAACAAAUCUGUAGUGAAGCCCCUGUAGUUGGGGUGGUUUUGUUCUUGUUUUGUCUGCAGGGAAUUAUCUAAUGUGAAAAGAGAAGUAUUUAUUUUGUUCCUUUACUAAAGUAAAUAUGUAAUUUAUAUAAAAGAGCCUUACUGGAAAGAAA